AUGCUGCAGCAGAUCCUGCGUGACAUGUACAUCGACCCCGAGCUCCUCGCCGAGCUCAGCGAUGUGCAGAAGCACAUCCUCUUCUACAAGAUGCGGGAGGAGCAGCUGAGGCGCUGGAGGGAGCGGGAGGCUUGGGAGGCCCUGGCCCCGGAGGAGGGACUCAGGCCCCCAAAGGCCAAGCGAGGUAUGUGGCUGGGAGCAGCGAGUGACAAGCACAUCCAGUGGCUCCUGGGCGCAGAUGGCGAGGUCUGGGUCUGGAUCAUGGGAGAAGGCCCUGGAGACAAGCCCUAUGAAGAGAUCUCCGAGGAGCUGAUUGCAGAGAGGGCGCGGCUGCAGGCACAGAGGGAGGCCGAGGAGCUCUGGAGACAGAAGGAAGCAGAGAUCACCAAGAAGUUUCGGGAUGCUCUGGCCAACGAGAAAGCCCGGAUCCUGGCGGAGAAGUGGAAGGUGGAGAUGGAAGACCGCAAGGCUGCCAAAGUCCUGGAGGAGCGCGUCCACGAGGAAUUCAAGAGGAAAGAGGAAGAGGAGAGGAAGCGAGGCGAAGAGCAGAUUCGCCUCCAGGAAGAGCAGAGGGCGAAGGAGCUCUACUGGACGCUGAAGCAGGCGCAGCUGCACUGCCACGCCAGCGAGAAGGAGGAGCGCGAGUGGGAAGAACAGUUGCGCCGGUCCAAGGCUGCUGACGAAGAGAGGAGCCGCCGAGCCCGGCGCGCCCGGGACGAGUACCGGCGCCACUCGCUCCGCGCCAUCCAGAAGGGCACCGUCGCCGGCCUCAGCUCCAUGUUCCGGGGGCUCGGCCAAAGCCAUGAGCAGGAGGCAAGACUCGACCACCACCUGCCGGGCCCGGGGCCGCCACAGUCCCUCCCUGUGCCGGUCAGCCGCACUUGGGAGCGCCCGCUGUGUCCAGUGUCCCGAGAUGUCAUCGUCCGCUGGUUUAAGGAGGAGCAGCUGCCUCGCCGAGCCGGCUUUGAGAGGAACACCAAAUCCAUCGCCCCCUGGUUCCAUGGAGGAAAUUAUCACUGUUUCAGGGGGAGAGUUGCUGCAGGAACCCUGUGGACAGAGGGACAGCCCGCCAGAUUACCACCUGUUGUUUGA